UGGGGGGCAUCAUCCCUACUAUGGUGGUCGUGGUGGUCACCCGCAGGCUGGCUACCCUCAAAGUCACGUAGGCGGCUACGGCGCCCCGAGUCCAUACGGCCAUCCGGAACCCCGGAUGUUGGGAUAUGGUGGCUACAAUCACAAUGCGUUUUCACCAAUGUCGAAUCACAGUGGGCAAAGCUACUUUGGGGGAGAACCUGGACGGUAUGAUAUGAUGCCGUACCAGCAACAGCACCCGCCGGCCCAUUACAACCCUCACGGCUAUCAACAGAUGCAACAUCACAUGCAGUACAUGGGCGGACAAUUCCCUCCCCCUCCUCCUACAGAAGCACCGCAACCGUCCAAGACCCCCGCACCCGAGCCGCCACCAAAGGAGGACCCUGAGAAGAAGAAGCUCCAACAAGAACUCGAGCUCUUCAAAAAGAUGCAGGCUGAGAAGGAAGAACAGCAGAAGCAGAAAGAGCUGGAGGAGAAGCUUCGCAAGGAAGCAGAAGAGAACAUCAAGCGACGAAUGGAGGCCCUGAAGGAGGCCCAAGAGAUUGCUCAAAGGGAGAUUGAAAAGGCAAAGAUUGAGGCCGAAAAAGCUGCUAGAGAGGCUAUCGAGGCUGAGCGCAAAGCCGAGGAGCAGAGACAAAAGCUUCACCAGGAAGCCAUGGCUAAGGUCGAGCGUGAAGCCAGGGAGAGGUUGGAACGCGAGUUGAAGGCAGAAGCUGAGCGUAAGAGGCUUGAGGAAGAGGCCCGCGUCAAGGCCGAAGCCGAAGCGAGACAACGGCUCAAGGAGGCAAUCCAGGCUGAGGCCGAUGCCAGGGCCAAGGCCAAGAUUGAGGCCGACAAGAACAAGGGUAAAGACAAAGCACCUAUCAAGUUCAAGGAUGCCGUGGGCAGGAAAUUCAGCUUCCCCUUCCACUUGUGCUCAACCUGGACAGGCAUGGAAGAGCUCAUUAAACAAGCUUUCAUUCACGUGGACGUCAUCGGACCGCAUGUACAAGAGGGUCACUACGACUUGAUUGGGCCUAAUGGAGAAAUCAUCUUGCCCCAGGUCUGGGACAAGGUGGUCGAGCCUGACUGGACUAUUGAGAUGCGAAUGUGGCCCAUGGAUAAGGCGCCUCCGCGCAUGCCUAUACCGCCGCAUGGCAUGCCGCUCGACUCUGCCACCAGAGAGAGGAUGGCGCAUAUGCAAGGCAUGAGGCAGCACGGUCAUGCUCGAAUGGGUAGCUUCCCUCCGGGUAUGGCUCCUCCGGGUGGCAGGCCUGGCGGCGGCGGCCCACAUCCACCUCCCCCACCGGGCUGGGUCCCUCCCGGCGUACGUCCCGGCGGUCACGGUAUGCCUGCCAACGUCGUUACGGUUGAGCCCGGCAAAUCCUCCAAGCACAAAUCGAAAUCCAAGGGCUCGAUGCUCAAUUUCUUGGCCGGCGGUGCCGCAAAGGCUCCCAAGAAGAAGAAGAAAUGAUCACCAGCGCGCGCACAUCGGAGAUUUCCUUCAACUCUAAAGACCUGUUACGAUCACACACAACUCAACGAACUUGCCGGGCUGGGGGGUCCUUAUUUGUUUUUACAUAUGAUACCUUGUCGCGCCUUCCUUUUCCACAUUAUUCAGAUUCCCGUCAGUCAGAUCGAGCCUCCGAAAUGCAUCUUACGGCAACCACGGUUCAUUUCGACGAUCUUAUAACGCAUGUAUGCCGGAGUAUGAGCUGCUUGAGGGCGGGACACCUAUUUCCCCAGAGAGAGACCGUACAUGUUUUGGCGGAGCAUUGCA